AUGACUUCAACAAACACUAUUCCAGCAAAUACUACUCCAACAAACGCUGCAACAGAUAUUACUCCAGCAAACACUACUCCGGCAGACACCACACCAACAAACGCUACCUCAGCAAACACCACUCAGGCGAAAAAUAUUCCAGCAAAAAAUGCAGAUAAAAAGCCCAACGUUACGGAUCAGAGUGAAGAUGGUAUAGGCGAUGAAGUUGUCGACAACCAGAUUAUUCAGGACUUAUACGGCAAAGAGCAUCUUAACCUUGUAUUCAUCGGCCAUGUAGAUGCCGGAAAGUCUACUAUGGGCGGAAAUAUUUUAUAUUUGACAGGAAUGGUUGAUCAAAGAACUAUGGAAAAAUAUGAAAAAGAAGCAAAGGAACAAAAUCGAGAGUCUUGGUAUUUAUCAUGGGCUCUUGAUACUUCAAAGGAGGAGAGAGCAAAGGGGAAAACCGUUGAAUGUGGUCGUGCAUAUUUUGAAACAGAAAGGAGGCGUUACACAAUUCUAGAUGCACCUGGGCACAAAAACUAUGUACCUAGUAUGAUUGGUGGCGCAGCGCAAGCGGAUGUCGGAAUUAUGGUCAUAUCCGCAAGAAAAGGUGAAUUUGAAACUGGAUUUGAAAGAGGUGGCCAGACACGUGAACAUGCUGUUCUUGCAAAAACUUCUGGAGUUAACAAGCUAGUAGUAGUCAUCAACAAAAUGGAUGAUCAUACAGUUAAUUGGUCUAAGGAGAGAUAUGAUGAAUGUGUUACUAAGCUUACACCAUUUUUAAAGUCAAGUGGAUAUAAUCCCACGACAGUGUCUGCAUACACGGGGGCGAAUCUUAAAGACCAUGUGUCUAAAGAGGUGUGCAAUUGGUAUAGUGGGCCAUCAUUGCUAGAAUAUUUGGAUAAUAUGAAAGCUUUGGAUAGAAACUUAAAUGCACCAUUAAUGAUGCCAAUUACUGAGAAAUAUAAAGAUAUGGGCACAAUCGUCGUUGGUAAGGUGGAAUCAGGCACUGUGAAGAAAGGUCAAUCUGUAAUGAUAAUGCCAAACAAGCGAACUGUUGAAGUAUCCGCUGUUUAUAAUGAAGUUGAGGAAGAAGUGUCUGUUGGUACUUGUGGUGACAAUAUUCGGCUUCGUGUGCGUGGUAUUGAAGAGGAAGAAAUUUCAACCGGAUUUGUAGUUUGUUCGACUAAGCGACCGGUAAAGACUACAACCGUGUUUGAAGCACAACUUGCUAUCCUGGAACAUAAAAACAUUAUUUGUGCUGGGUAUAGUGCAGUUCUUCAUAUUCAUUCUUGUUUAGAGGAGAUAUCAAUCGCGGGACUUUUACAUCUUAUUGACAAAAAGACCGGAAAAAAGUCAAAGAGGCCUCCGCAAUAUGUUAAAAAAGGUCAAAAAGUUAUUGCAAGGCUCGAAACUCAAGGUCCAAUUUGCGUUGAAGUAUUUGAAGAACACCCACAAUUAGGAAGAUUUACUCUUCGAGACGAAG